CUAGGGACUUUCCAGUAAUUUACUGUAAAAUUAAAAUAAUAGAGGAAGACGCCGAAUCGGAAAGCAAUCGCAAAUGUCAAUCAUAAAUAUGUAAAUUGCUGUACCAAGUCAACACUCUGCAUAAAUUCCUUAAUUAUUUUAUUACCAGUAAUAAUACUGCAAGAUCUGCAGCUUAUCAAAAAAAAAAAAAAAAAAAGUUAUUCAGUAAUGACAGGGAGAGAAAUUCUUAACAAGAUGAAGGAAAAAGCAUGUUUUUCCAGUCCGGUGACACCCGACGCUAAAAAAGGUGGUAAAAGCAGAUUCUCGAAGCGUAUUACACACGGGUCGCAUCUGAUGAAAGGAAAAACACAUCACGCGAUGGAAGAUUGUUUGGUUUCCGAAUUUAAAAUAUUGGACGAUAAAGAAUUAGGUCUUUUUGCCAUCUUUGACGGUCAUAUGGGCCACGAUGUCGCUAGGUACUUGCAAGGGAACCUAUUCGACAAUAUUUUAAACCAGAAUGAAUUUUGGAGUAAUACAGGGAGCGCGCUGAAGAACGCUUAUCUGGCAACAGAUAAGGAGAUACUAGAGCAAUCGUUUCGCUUGGGGAAAGGCGGGUCAACGGCAGUUACUGCAAUAUUAAUGAACGGUCAAACACUUGUAGUCGCAAAUGUCGGCGACUCGAGAGCUGUUAUUUGCAAGAAAGGUGUUGCUAAGCAACUUUCGGUUGAUCAUGAACCGAGCAAGGAAAAGAAGUUGAUCGAGAGCAAAGGUGGAUUCGUAUCCAAUAUUCCAGGUGAUGUACCAAGAGUUGAUGGGCAGCUGGCAGUGGCGAGGGCGUUUGGUGACAAGAGCUUGAAGAGGCAUCUUAGUUCCGAGCCGGAUAUUGCAGUCGAGAUAAUAGACGACGACGUCGAGUUUCUCAUUUUGGCUAGUGAUGGCCUGUGGAAGGUGAUGUCGAACCAAGAAGCUGUGGAGUCGAUCAGAAGUAUGAAGGACUCUCACUCGGCAGCAAAGCAUUUGUGUGACGAGGCUGUUGCGAGGAGAAGCAAGGACGAUAUCUCAUGCAUUGUUGUGAGGUUUCACUAAUAUAUAUAUAUAUUUUAUCCAAAAUAUUAUUUUACGAUUAAUGUUUAAUAUGUUAUUAUAUGUAAUUAAAACGAGCGGAAUUAAUCAUUUUCUCGUGUAAAUUUUCCGUAAAAAAAGUUGUUUGCCCUUUUCCCUCUCUGUUAAUAUUAUAUGAAGAUACACAAUGAAUCAUCACUUCAGGUAUUUGUAUACUAGGAUUUUUUCAUGUUUUUUUAUGAGUGAACCUUUUUUCAUAUUUUUUCUUGGCAUUUUGAUUGGUUGAUAAAGUCUGCCCUAUGUUAUACAAUCUUUUUGAUUUUGGUCC